AUGCACGGCCCAACAACGGUCUUUUUGCUCGUCCUCGUCCUCGCACAUGUGAGCGGUGCUGAAACCAUCACCGGCAUUAUAUACUGCGAUAACUAUUUCGAGUUUUAUUUCAAUGGAGAGCUCAUCCAAAAGGAUCCAAUGACGUUUACACCCCACAAUGCUGUGGAAGUUUCCUUUGGAUGGGAUGGAGUCUCGGACAAACACUACGCCAUUCUCUGUCAAGACUACGCCUCCGAGAGUGGCUACGAGUACAUUGACGGAGGCCGUCCACAGCUGGGAGAUGGCGCCUUGAUUGCCGAGUUUUCCGAUGGAACAGUCACAACGCCCGAAUGGAAACUCUUUGUGGCCAAUCAUGGUCCUACCGAAGAAAGUGAACAGGCCGGAUGCGAUGGAAACAACUUGGAUCUGUGCGAGGUACAAGAAAAUGGGAACCCUGUCAAUUGGGCUGCCGAAGACUUUGAUUAUUAUCAAUGGGAAGACGCUACCGUGUAUAGUGCCAAUGAAGCAGGAUGGGGGCGUGCCCCUACGUGGGAGGAAGGAUUGGGGUGUUGUACCGCCACCAGCCCGUUGGAUCGAUCUACGCUGACGCUCAACAAUGGCUGCAGUGUCAACUAUGAUCCCGAAACGGGGCAGGAAGUGAUGGCAACCGUUUCCGAGUCGGAAUGUCUCAGCCCUCGAGACGUACUCGGCGACUCCGUUGCUGUCUUUUUGUGGGGGUCGGAUCUGGAAAAAGACAAUCGCAUUCUCUUUCGCUAUUCCAUCCUUCUUGACACCUACAGUUUCGAAUUAGAUUUUGGCAACAGCACAAGUAUGAAUGCUACCAAUACUAGUAAUGUGGAAAUGACAAAUGAGGAGGAAGAAUCAACGCCCAGUCUGGACAUCACCAUCAACGGGGAGCCCCAGGAAGAACCAGAAGUGGAGAAAACAGUGGACAGCAACGAUGGAGAGGUGGCAAAGCUGGGUGGCCUUAACCCAGCCUCUUCCUCUCCUUUGCAUCUCAGGUUGCAAGCGUUUGCCGUCGGCGCUGCUUUCAUGGUUGGCAGUAUAGUUCUUCAACACUAG